CACGUCCUCGCCCCUCCCCCGCUGGGCCCUGUCGGGCGUCCAAUCAGGUGGCCGAACCUCCUUUUUUAGGGCGACGCGCGGCUUCUUCGACGCGCGGCUGUGACGUCAGAGACACGGACAAGAUGGCGGCCUCCGGGAAGAGGCCGGAACAUCGUGGACCUCCUGAACUGUUCUACGAUGAGGUCGAAGCACAGAAAUACACACACAACUCUCGGAUGAUCGAGAUCCAGUCACAGAUGUCUGAACGGGCAGUAGAGCUGCUGGGCCUCCCAGAGGACCGUCCAUGUUUCCUGCUUGAUGUGGGCUGCGGUUCUGGUUUGAGUGGGGAUUACCUCUCUGAGGAGGGCCACUUCUGGGUUGGGAUGGACAUCAGCCCAGCAAUGCUGGAUGUGGCCAUGGAGAGAGAAGUGGAAGGAGACCUGAUGCUAGCAGAUGUGGGGCAGGGAAUCCCCUUUCGGCCUGGGACAUUUGACGGCUGUAUCAGCAUUUCUGCAGUGCAGUGGCUGUGUAAUGCCGAUAAGAAGACCCACAGUCCUCCCAAGCGACUGUAUCGGUUCUUCUCAAUGCUAUACACUGCUUUGGCUCGAGGAGCCCGGGCUGUCCUGCAGCUGUACCCGGAAAACUCUCAGCAGCUGGAACUCAUCACCACCCAAGCCAUGAAGGCAGGCUUCACCGGCGGAAUGGUGGUGGACUAUCCCAACAGUGCCAAAGCAAAGAAGUUCUUUCUCUGUCUUUUUGUGGGUCCAAGUGACGUGCUACCAAAGGGCCUGGGUGCAGAGUGCAGCGGAGAAGAGGCCACACAAGCCAAGUUCACCAAUGCAAGGAUACGGUUCAGGGAUGCCAAAGGGAAGUCGGUGAAGAAGAGCCGGGACUGGGUGUUGGAGAAGAAAGAACGGAGACGGCGGCAGGGCAAGGAUGUGCGGGCAGACACAAAAUACACAGGCAGGAAGCGGCGGCCUCACUUUUGACACCUCCACCGGCUGCCAUGUGGGAUUCUUCUUGGUGGGCUUCGUGCUGGUCUGCUGAGUGUAGAGCUGGAGGGUCCCUGCCGAGGACUUGAUGGUGAAGAGGGACUUUCCUCCAGCUGCUCCAGCCUUGGUUGGCAUGAGUUCUUUCAGACUUUCAAAGAGACAAUGUGGAUCCUGUCCAGUGCAUCAGGUCCGCGUAAUGGUGGAGGCAGAGGGGUCUUCUUGCUGCUAGGUUCCUCGUCUGUUCUGUCCUGACUCGGGUGAAAUCCCCUUCCGCUCACCCAUUAAACGAGGCCUUGGUGGCGAGUGCAGCAGCA